AUGACCGAGGUGAAAGCCAAGGAGCCCAGAGCGCCUCCGCCUGCCACAGACGGGGCGGUCCUGCUGCAGGGUCAACCUGGCCGAGAUCCCUUCCGCGAGGAAGCGGAGUCCAUCGACAUUUCCCUGGACGGACUGCUUUACCCCAAGAGCAGCGACGAGGAGGAGGGCGAAGAGGAGGAGGAGGAGGAGGGGGAGGAAGAGGAGGAGGAGGAGGAGGAAGAGCCGCAGCAGCAGCAUCUGAGGCAGGAGGACGGCCGGGACUCCCUCUCCUACCAGCCAGGGAGCGGCUCCCUCUCGAUCAAGGACUCCCUGGACAGCGUCCUGGACACCUUCCUGGCGCCCGCGGCUCAUGCCAGCUCCACCGUGCCCGCGGCGCCCUGGUCCUUCUUCGAGGCGGAGGAGGCGCCCGACGGCCCGAUGAGCAGCGGUCCCUCGCAGAAGGCGGCCGAAGCCGCCCCGGGGCCGCCGGGUCCCUCGCAGCCCCCGCCGCGGCCCGCCGCGCUCUGGCCGCCCGGCGACGCCCUGGUCCCCGCCGCUAAGGCGCGGCCGGCGGGGCCGGGGGCCGGCGCGGAGGGUCCCGCCGCGGCGCCCAAGGGCGAUGCCCCCGGUGUGGGAGCGCUGCCCGGCGGGUGCCGGGCGGGGGACCCGGGACAGGAAUACCUGCACGUGCCGCUGCUGCCGCUCAACUCGGCCUUCCUGGCCUCGCGCACGCGGCAGCUGCUGGACGGGGCGGAGUACGAGGGCGGCGCGGUGCCGCGCUGCUCGCCCCCCGCGCCCGACCUGCCGGCCUACGGCUUCCCGCCGCCCGACGCCAAGGACGGGACCUUCGCCUACGGAGACAUCCAGCCCGUAAUGAAGAUCAAGGAGGAGGGGCUCGGCCUCGCCGCCCGCUACCCGGGCGGCAGGGCCACCCCCGCGGCGGGCUGCCACGACUACCCGCCGGCUCCGCGGGCCGGGCAGGAGCCCUCGCUGGAGUGCGUCCUCUACAAGGCGGAGCCCACCCUGCUGGCCGGCGCCUACGGGCCGGCGGCGCCGCCCGACAGCCUGCCCUCCACCUCGGCCGCGCCGCCGGGGCUCUACCCGGCCCUGGGGCUGAACGGGCACCAGCCGCUGGGCUUCCCGGCCGCCGUGCUCAAGGAGGGCCUGCCCCAGCUGUGCCCGCCCUACCUCGGCUACGCGCGGCCAGAUACGGAAACCAGCCAGAGUGCUCAGUUCAGUUUCGAAUCACUACCCCAGAAGAUUUGUCUCAUCUGCGGUGAUGAGGCUUCAGGUUGCCACUAUGGAGUGCUUACCUGUGGAAGUUGUAAAGUCUUCUUUAAAAGGGCAAUGGAAGGGCAGCACAACUAUUUAUGUGCUGGAAGAAAUGACUGCAUAGUCGAUAAAAUCCGUAGGAAGAACUGCCCAGCAUGUCGCUUGAGGAAGUGCUGUCAAGCUGGUAUGGUCCUGGGAGGUCGAAAAUUGAAAAAGUUUAACAAAAUUAAGGUUGUGAGAACAUUAGAUGUUGCACUCCAGCAGCCAGCAGCCCUUCAAGAUGAAAGCCAGUCCCUAACCCAAAGGCUGUCCUUUUCUCCAAAUCAAGAAAUACAGUUUGUUCCCCCAAUGAUAAGUGUUUUACGAGGCAUUGAGCCAGAAGUUGUCUAUGCUGGUUAUGACAAUACAAAACCCGAAACACCAAGUUCCUUGCUGACCAGUCUGAAUCACCUUUGUGAGAGGCAGCUUCUUUGUGUAGUCAAGUGGUCUAAAUUGCUACCAGGUUUUCGGAAUUUGCAUAUUGAUGAUCAGAUAACCCUCAUCCAAUAUUCCUGGAUGAGUCUAAUGGUUUUUGCGAUGGGGUGGAGAUCAUACAAACAUGUCAGUGGUCAGAUGUUGUAUUUUGCACCAGAUCUGAUUCUAAAUGAACAGAGGAUGAAAGAAUCAUCGUUCUAUUCCCUGUGUCUAUCCAUGUGGCAGCUCCCACAGGAAUUUGUGAGACUUCAAGUUAGCCAAGAAGAAUUCCUAUGUAUGAAAGCACUGUUACUUCUCAACACAAUUCCUUUGGAAGGUCUAAGAAGUCAAAGCCAAUUUGAUGAGAUGAGAACAAGUUACAUCAGAGAACUAGUGAAGGCGAUUGGUUUGCGCCAGAAAGGCGUUGUGGCCAACUCACAGCGUUUCUAUCAGCUUACAAAACUCUUGGAUUCCAUGCAUGAUCUGGUGAAACAGCUCCAUCUCUUCUGUUUGAACACAUUUCUCCAGUCCCGUGCACUGAGCGUUGAAUUCCCUGAGAUGAUGUCAGAGGUGAUUGCUGCCCAGCUACCCAAGAUUCUAGCAGGGAUGGUGAAACCUCUUCUCUUUCACAAGAAGUGA